AACGUCACCAGCAGCUUGCACGGUUAUACUAUGUAUACCUAGCCUAAUAUUAUACAUUGAAUUACGUUCACUAGUAGAUAUCAGUUGGGUAUAGGUAUUCUAGUUAUUAUAACUACCAUAACCCUUGGGUUGUUUCGGCUUUUCUUAUCUGUCGAUGUAAUAUAAAUAAGCUAUAUCUUUAAUCUAUAAUCCCAUUCUCUCCUAUAGACGUGGUGAGAAUAACGGAUAUUCCAUCUCAAAUUCAUUACCUUCUAAGAAAAGAAAAGAAAAGUAAGGCUUUUAAACCGAUGCCAUGCCUACAACCGUGAUCUUAGGCGCCGGUAUCAUCGGCACCUCGACCGCGUACUACCUGUCCCAGCAGCAGCAGCAGCAGCAGGCGGGGUCGGGCAGCAUCCACCUCGUCGAGCCGUCGCCCGAGCUGUUCGCCUCGGCGUCCGGCUUCGCGGGCGGGUUUCUGGCCAAGGACUGGUUCUCGCCCGCGUCGGCGGACCUCGGCGCCCUGAGCUUCGAGGAGCACCGCCGGCUGGCCGAGCGCGAGGGCGGCGCCGAGAGAUGGGGCUACGCCAAAAGCACCUCCAUCACCUUGCUGUCCGAGGCGGCGGCCAGGUCCCGUGAGAGGGUCGACCUCUGGGUUCGCGACGGCGCCAGCCGCGCUGAGGCCGCGGGCGCGAAACCGGUGGUCGGCACGCCGCCGUCGUGGUUGAGGUUGGCGGACGGGGAUCAGGUCGAGGUUAUUAGUGAGGAGGGGACUGUUGCGCAGAUAGACCCGCUGCAACUAUCCCAAUUCCUGCUACAAAAAUGCCUCGACGCCGGCGUGCGCCUACACCACCCGGCCAAGGCCCUAUCCAUCCAGACCGACACGCGCAACGAGCUCUCGAGCAUCCGCGUCGCGGACACGCACGUGUCCGGCACGGAGACCGAUAUCCCGUGCACCAACGUCGUCAUCGCGGCGGGCGCCUGGUCGCCGCAGGUCUUCCGGACGCUGUUCCCGACGUCGGGCUUCGCGCUGCCCAUCUCCAGCCUCGCGGGCCACUCCCUCGUCGCCACGUCGCCCCGGUGGACGCCCGAGCACGAGCAGCCCGGCGGCAGUAGCUGCCACGCGCUGUUCCUGUCCAGCCGCCCGGGCUACUCCCCCGAGAUCAUGUCCCGCCGAGUAGGAGGAGGAGGAGGCGGUGGCGGCAACAUAUACGUCGCGGGGCUCAACUGCGCGGCCGAGCCGCUGCCGGACCUGGCGACGGACGCGAAGCGACAGAUCUCGCGGGAGAGCAUCGAGACGCUGCGGGAGACGGCGCGGGAGGUGCUAGGCGAGGACGGGGUAGAGAUUAUCCGGGAGGGGUUGUGCUUCCGGCCGGUGACGGAGCGCGGCACGCCGAUCGUGAGCCGUGUGGCGGACGAGCUUCUGGGGCCUGGGGUUGGCACGCGGCCGGCGCCGGAGGGAGGGGUGUAUGUUGCGUCGGGACACGGGCCGUGGGGGAUAAGCAUGAGUUUGGGGACGGGGUUGGUUAUGGCUGAGAUGAUUCAGGGGAGGGCGUUGAGCGCUGAUGUGUCGGGUUUGAGUUUUUGACGUCUGUCUAUGGAUAUUGCUACGAUGCAUUGGUACUUUGGGUGGUUGCAUAUAUUUCGCAUCUGAGCGGUAUCUAACGUCUAUAUUUUGGAUAAAAUGGCUGUUUCGGCUAUAUACCUCACAUCCCCAAUUCCGUGUUAAUCAGGACAUGAUGCUGUUGACCUUCCACAGCAUCUGACCACUAGACAAAGCAAAAAUUAUUAAAUGCAAGACCAAACAGUCUAAUCGUGAUGGCAACGAGAUAGCGAGUUUUAAUCCAAUUUACAUGAUGCAAUUCGUACCUUUAUCCUCGAUUAUACAGCCAGGACGAAUAACAGCAAAAUAUCGAAUCUCGAACAAACUUGCUCACGAGCAAAUUCGCUCUUAUUAACAAGUCUACUCAACCUGCCGCGGCUCUAAUUCAUCCGUACGACUCAUUUCACAUGUCAUCGAGACUACCUAAGACCUAGAGCCUUGUCUACCAGGUUAACCCGUAACCUUCUGGAGUAAUAGUCGUAGAACGUGUACAACCCGCUUGACCGUAGCUACGCUAUUACGAUGAAAAGACGGGUGAGUCACACAACUUCACGCUCAGACACGAUAAAC